AUGGCCCCGGCGUCCACCAACCCUUUCGACACCGCGCCGCUCAAGUUCGAGAUCGUCCAGGGCGCGCUCGUGAAGUACUCGGUGGAGGAGCCCAAUGGGCGGCACCCGCCAACCGCCGUGCUGAUCCACGGCAUUCUCGGAUCGCGGCGGAACCUGCUGUCCUUCGCCAAGCGCCUGGCGCAGAGGUUCCCCAGCUGGCAGUUCGUCCUCGUCGACCUUCGAUGCCACGGUCAGACCGCGAACAUGCCGACGCCCCCCGCGGGCGCCAACGACGUCACCAACGCGGCGAAAGACGUCCUCGCCACCCUCCAGCACCUCAAGAUCUAUCCGCACUCGCUCAUCGGACACUCCUUCGGCGGGAAAGUCGCCAUGUCCAUGGUGCACCAGUUCGGCAAGCAGCUCCCGAGGCCGGUGCAGGUCUGGGUGCUGGACACCGUCCCGGGGGACGUGUGGUGCGAGGCGGGGGAUCACCCGAGGGACACCAUCGCGUACGCGAGAACGAUCCCGAUGCCGAUAGCAAACAGAAAGGCGCUCGUGGAUUCGCUCACGGGAGCCGGUUUCACCCUGGAGGGUGCGCAGUGGAUGACCACGAACCUCACGCCGGCGCCGGGCGCCACCGCCGGGGAGCUCACGUGGGUGUUCGACAUCGAGGGGAUCGUCGCGAUGUACCAGAGCUACGAGGCGACGGACCUGUGGCCGAUGCUGGAGACGCAGCCGAUCGGGCUCUCGGUGGAUUUCGUCCGAGCAGAGCGAUCGGCGUUUGUGUGGGCAGACGAGGACGUCGGGCGGAUCGGCGCGUACGGGGGCAGGGUGCACUACCUCGCGAACAGCUCGCACUGGGUGCACAUCGACAACCCGGACGGCCUGCUGGAGAUCCUCGCGCCGUCGUUCGAGCGAAAGAAGUAA